AUGCCCUGCUUCAAAGGUAUUGCUGUUAGCAUACAUGCCAACGGCGCGCCUCUCCCCGAGCAUGGCAUGCAGAAACAGUCGCGUCUGUCACGAAUCAGCACCUACAUCCCGGUCCCUCAGCCGAGCAUCAAUCCCGACUCCAACAAGCCCGAGCCUGCUAAAUUCGCAAUCUCCAUUACUCUCCUCACCCCUGGCUUGCCCAUCCCGUACUCCACGCCCAAGUCAACCGAGACCAACCCUUACCCGAAGCCGCAGUUCGUCGGUGGCCUCCCCACAGCUGGCCAUGGCCCUUCCAAGUUCUCCGGCGUCGUCAACCCCUACAUCCCUAUGACCAACUCCGAAAACGAGACGAUAGCCGCCUACAUUUAUUUCGAUGGCAGAUCCAAGGAAGAGGUUGCUACACUUCUGCGCCCCGGCGAGGAGACAUGGGUCAAUAGCCGUUGGGUCCAAAUUCCAGACUCAGAAGGCGGUGGCCUCGCCGAGCGCGAGUUCCUCUUCCGUGAGGUCGGACUUGAGCGCUGGCUAAACGGCCUAGACCUGCAAGGCCACGAUGCCGCGGAGAAGCUGGAACGUCGCCGGCAAAAGUUCGAGAAGCGGCGUCGACGCCAAAAGGCUACAACCGGUGCUACCAGCAUGCAGGUUGAAGAGGGUCCCAACGGCCCUAGGGACACCCUCCGUUACGGCGCCGACGAUGGCUCCCCCGUUGAAGCCGUCUUUGGCGAGGAUGACUCUGAUUCCCUGUCCGAUGAUGAUGAGAUCCCUGAAGCAACCGGUCAGAUCAAGGUGCUCAUGUUCCGCGUGCUUGCUUCGGGCGAAAUCAAGAAGGGAGAAUACUCGCCUCAGUUUGACGCCCACGACGACGAUGACGACACGGCAUCGAGUAAUCAAGGUAAUGGAAAAGGCGGUGUUGAUGCUGACGUUGAGCACACGACAAGCUUUGCGAAGCCUAAGACACUGGACCCAAAAACCAUCAGCACCCAGACUGUUACAGGGAUCGACGGCCCGGAUAAGCCAUAUGCCUCUUUCACAUUUUUCUACCGUGGAGAGAGACAACUCCAGAAGAUCGGAAUCAUUGCUUCCUCCAAAGCGGCACAGGCAACGCCGGGGUCGGCCAAGCGACGGUCUGGACAGCUGGAUUUUUCCAACCUCGGGCCGUUGAAAACAUCGGGAACUGUUGGCUUUUCGGCCUUCAGAGACCAAGAUACCGAGGCCACUAGAAGGCGAAAAGCCCGGAAGAAGAGCAACGGCAACGUGGGGGGAGCUCUUAACGACGAUAGCGACGAUGAUGACGAUGAGAGUGAGCUCAUUGGGAAGAUGCAGGAUAUCGAUGAGAAGGAAGUCGAUAACAAGCUUGCUCCCGAGGACGUUAAGUUUCAAGGGGAGCUUGCUGAUGGGGUAGACCGUAUUCACCUCAAGAGGGCACACUCGUCGGAACCUGACCGCUCUGGAAACGCAGGCACCGCGAGCACCGCCGCUCAGUCUGGUCUGUUUGCGAGUUUAUUGACGAAUCCUUCCACCGCCGCAAGCAAUGGUCAAGGGGAUCUGAGCGCUAAUCAGAACUCCAUUCACGAUGGGACGGUAGAGACAACGAUCGGAAGCCCCUUGAAAAAGCAUCGCCCGAGCAUCACCGCCGGGGACAGCCAGGUACAGGCACAGCCUGACAGCUCAAACAUAGGAUUCGAUGAUAUCCUGAACCGCGGUACCGCCACGCAACCUAGCGCGACAGGUAUGUCGACUAUGAAUGCGAAUACGGAAGAGGAAGAGUUGUGA